CAGCCUGCAAACCAGCACCAACACACCGCAGUCACCAGCAGCAGCAGCAGCAUCCCAUGCCUUCACCUGCUCCGGGAUAGACAGACAGGCACACACACACACGCAGGCAGUCAGGCAGACAGGCAGACAGUCAUACACACAGAGACACAGCCAGACAGGAAGGUGGAAGACGCGUUCAGGGACCGGGGCAGGCGGAAGGGACGAUGCUGGAAAACGGGGGGAAGGUGUUCAAAGAGGGGCUGCUGGAGAAGCGCAGCGACGGGCUGCUGCAGCUCUGGAAGAAGAAGCACUGCGUCCUGACCGAGGACGGCGUGCUGCUGCUGCCGCCCAAGCAGCACGACCACCCGCAGCACCACCAGCUGCACCACGGCGGCGGCGGCGGAGGGGACACCGGCAAAGUCAAGGAGCUGCACUUCGCCAACAUGAAAACGGUGGACUGCGUGGAGCGGAAAGGCAAGUACGUGUACUUCACGGUGGUCAUGACGGAGGGGAAGGAGAUCGACUUCAGGUGCCCGCAGGACGAGGGCUGGAACGCGGAGAUCACCCUGCAGAUGGUCCAGUACAAGAACCGGCAGGCGAUCCUGGCCGUCAAGUCCACCCGGCAGAAGCAGCAGCUGCUCGUCGUGCAGAUCCCCGGCCAGAAGAUGGCCCGCAGCUCGCCAAACGUUGCGUGACCUGCAGCCAGCCCUGGACACCCAUUCGCCAUUUGCGGUUAAUCGGACAUUCAGCCGGAGGGAUCGAUGCUGAACCGGGACCCUCGCCUCGCCUCGCCCCCCCCGCCCUGCCCCCCCUGCCGCUCCACACCCGAGCUCCAUUCUCCAGGAAAACACCUCUUCCAUUUAGUGGUUUCCAGAGACCAGCACCCCCCCACCACCUUCCUCCUCCUCCUCCUCUUCGUCCUCCUCCUCCUUUUCCAAUAUCGAGACUUACUUCAGAAAAGACUGAUGGACAAAGCAUGUGAGAAAACAACUGUAUUCUACCGUGCGAUAGUAUACCCCCUUAUUUAUUAGAUGUGUAUAUAUAUUUUCUAUGAAGAUGUUAUUGUCAUUGAUGAAUGUGCCGUGUGGUUGUUGCCGGAGCGGAAACUGGAAACACCCGCGCUUGUAGGUGCAAACGGCUUACGUUACAAACAAGCUCCCCGUUGGAAAUAAGCCUUCACAUGUAGUUAUCUUAGUAGGAUGGUUGCUGUCUUUUGCAGAUGAUUGCCAUAUAGAUGACCAUACUCAUUGUUUUUUUUUUUCUGCCCAUGUUUUUGUUCUUCGAUUGAACCAAAGACCCAUACAUCCAUUUCUCUAUAGUGGUAUACGCAUAUAUAUAUAUAUGAUGAGGUACCUGUUUGACCUGUACAUUCUUAAUUUGAUGCUUGAUCUAUUAACAGCCGCAGUUUUUUUUUUUUUUUUUAAUAUAUAUUGUAUAUAUAAUCCACGCGCCCACAGCUGCAGUAACUAUCUUACUGGGUUGCCAACAUGGCUGUACAGGCUGUUUCUCUGGCUGUUUGUGAGUCUUAAAUCUGUGAGGUGGCUCUAGCUGUGGCUCUCGGUUCCAGGUUUUGGUCUCAUGCCGCUUGGAGUUUAAGUUACACAGACAUUUCCUGUGGGCGGAGCCGCUCCAGAGGCAGAAGUGAUCCUAUUGGUUGAGUUGAACCCCACAGUGGGCGGGGCGUUUUUUUUUUUUUCUUUCUUUCUUUCUUUCUUUUGGCUAAGUAACAGUAAACCUGAAACCGACUGAAAAAGAGAAAGAGGUAAGAGAGGAAUGAGCUGAUGAUGUGAAGCCCAGUGGGAUGUUUUCAUCAGGGAAAGAGGCAGGUGAGCUGUAAAAAUGAUCCAGGUGAGCUAGUGAGGCUAGCUGACCUUUCAAAUUCAAACUAGGUAGACUAACCUGUAGCGAUCAAGGUAAGCUAGUCAUAAAAAAUACAGGCUAGUGGUAGAAAUGAUUCACAUUUGCUAGUUAGCCUAGCUGUCCUUUCAAAUUCAAACUAGUGACACAAGCCUACAGCGUGCAAGGUAAAUUAAUUAGGUAAUUAACGAGCCUGCUAACUUUCCAGCAUCACAAAUGCCAUAAUCAUGAAUGAAUAUUUAAAAAAAAGAUGUAUUUUUAUCUAUAUUUUGACCAUUUCUUUCAAUUUCAAGUUUGCCGUUCAGCUUGUGCGAAACAAAGUUUAUUUGGCUCCGCUCACUUCAGGUUCAGCUCAGCUAAAAUGAAAUGUUUGUAGCUGAAAACUAAAGCUUCAAUCUGUUAAGUGAAUAAGGAAUAAAUUCGCCGUGUUUCAUACUGAAAAACUGAACGGACGCCAAGUGAAGGCAACAUGACUGACGGCCUCCGAAGGCGGUGACACACGGGGCCCAAGACGUGGCCUCGGGACGUCUCCGGUGUCCACGGAGGGGACGCCCUGCGGUCAGGAAACGCUUCCCAAACCGUGGCUCACGUCAGCGGCUGAUUUGUGGGAGCGCGUCCCGCCUCGGCCGCCCGGUGUCUGACCGCCGGGCCGACACAUGCCUCCAUGUUGUUGUCAUCUCCCACACGGGGUAAUAGCUGUGCCCUUUAUCUAAUGCAACUGGUGUGAUUGCUUCUCUGACAUGCCUUCCUGUUGCCAUCAUCACACACACACACACACACACACACACACAGUUAUAGCUGUGCCCUUUACAGCCACCGUCCAAUUUCUUAUUUCAAUGUGUGAGAUCUAUUUUCAUACCUCUGAAAAAAAAAAAUACAUUCCAUUUAAAAAAAAAAAAAAAA